GAUCAAACUUGGAUCGCUGUGGAUUCAGAGGCUCUUCCUAUUUAGGGAUGCCAUUUAAUCCCUCCAAGGGUCCAGGUAUAUCUCAUCCCUAUGAUAGUGGCCACAUAGCAAUGACUUACACAGGUCUGUCAUGUCUGGUUAUUCUUGGAGAUGAUUUAAGUCGAGUAAAUAAAGAUGCCAUACUGGCAGGACUGAGAGCUCUCCAGCUGGAGGAUGGAAGUUUCUGUGCAGUGCUGGAGGGAAGUGAGAAUGAUAUGAGGUUUGUGUACUGUGCUUCCUGCAUCUGCUACAUGCUCAAUAACUGGUCAGGCAUGGAUAUGAAAAAAGCAAUAGACUACAUUAGAAGAAGUAUG